UAUACCAAAAAAUAAAAGAAUGAAAAGAAAUUUUGCAAUUACUUGUGUUUGAAAAUUGUCAAAAUUGACCUCGGUGACGAUGGAAAGAGGUUUUGGCGGUUGCAACGAGGACGUUUCAAUUCAUCGUUUCUUUUGCUCUGUGAUCGAAGAUGGCGAAAUCUGUAAGUGAGAAGGUAAGAAAUUACAUACCUGAUGAUCUUGCUUUCUCCAUUCUAUCAAAACUUCCUUUAAAAUCUUUGAAGCGUUUUGGAUGUGUAAACAAAACAUGGUCUGUUUUGUUUGAAAACCCUAAUUUUAUGAUCAUGUUUCGCAAUAAUUUCACAUCCAUUCCUCACUCUUACUACAAUGAUACAUCAAUCAUCCUUCAUCAAGAAGUUUGCAAUCACGAUCGUACUUACGUUAGUUUCACUCUGGAUUCACUUUCUGGCGAGCGGUUUGAGAAUAAAGUUAAAUUGGACUUUCCAAAUCCAUUUCAACAAGAGGACCCUGGAUUUUUUGUAUUGGUUUCUGGUAGUAUAAAUGGAAUUCUAUGUCUUUACGAUAGUGAUGGCGCCAUUGUAUUGUGGAAUCCAGCUACGGAAGAAUUCAAAGUCAUUCCUCCCAGCCCUGUCGAGUCUCUACCACCUUAUCAGGCUAUUAUUAAGUUUAUUCAUGGAUUUGGUUAUGACCCUUUUAGUGACGACUAUAAGAUUAUUAGGAAUGUAGGUUUUGUUCCAAUAUCGGAUUAUGAUGACAAUGCUCGUCCACUUCCGCCUGAUGUGCAAUGGGAAGAUGUCUGUGGGGACUAUGUUCCCUUUUGGGAGGUAUAUAGCCUAGUAUGUAAUUCUUGGAGGAAAGUUGAUCUCGUCCUUCCUGCUUGUUGUUGGCAAGGUGGCAACUGUAAUAAUGAUCUACUGUAUUUGGAUGGAAUGUGUCAUUGGCUCUCUAACUAUUAUGGAGAUGACAAUGAAGAGUAUGUGGUGUCAUUUGACUUGACCAAUGAGGUUUGUUUUACCACAAUCAUACCCACACAUAUCCCCUUAGACAUAGAUCCCAAUAGUUGUGUGCGCCAUGCGUUGGUGUUGUUAAAUGGAUCCAUUGCUUCCAUUUUAUCGUAUACAACUACUUUUCACAUAUCAAUUUUAGGCAAAUUGGGUGUGAAGGAAUCUUGGACUAAAAUCUUUGUUGUUGGACCCUUGUCCGACGAUAUUAAGUAUUCUAUUGGAGCGGGGAAGAAUGGUGAUAUAUUCUUCGCAAAGGAAGAUGGAGGAGAUCCAAUCUGCUUUGAUUUAUGUACCCAAAUGAUUGAGGAGCUUGACGGUGUUAAAGGAGCGGAAAAUUCUAAAAUAAUAAUUUAUAAAGAAAGUCUUGUUUCGAUUGGAGGAAGAAAUCAUUAGUUAGCUUACUUGUUUUCACAUAAGAGAUAAGAGAUUUAUGAUUGUGUUUAUUAGGAUACUUUUACUUUCAGUGAUAAAAAGUGAGUUGUCAAUCCCUCAUAUCAAAAUUAGGAUUAUCAAGUGUAUGAAAAAUUAAUAAACCAUUAUGAAUAUUAUAUUGAAAGUCUAUUAUGUGUCUGUUUUAUAACUGGUUUUAUUUUUAUUUCAACUCUUAGAAACUUCCAAUUA